AUGUUCUUUGACCAACAAAAGCAACUUAAGAACUAUUUUGUACUUGAAUUUGUACUAUUUGGUAGUUUGUUUAAUGAAUUUAUUAAACCUUUCAUUGCUGAGAUGAAACAUUUUAAAAAAGGAAGGAUAAUAGAUAUACAAGAUAAUAAAAGCCUUGUAAUUGCAAGUAUUGAGAAUACAACCUCCAAUUUGCUACAGGACAAUGAUUUAGUUGAAGUUAAAAGACAUAAUGCUACAAGAGGCUACUCUAAACAAUUUGAGAAGAUUUCUUCAGUAUCAACAAUAACUAAAUGCAAAAAAAUCUCAGCACAAUAUGGAUUGCACCUGUAUCCUCCGAUACUAAGUAAAUUGUUAUGGGAAAGUCAUCUUCAAUCAUCACAUGAUGUAUAUCAUGCAACAAGUAGCAAAGUAUUGAGGCUUUUUAAAAUAACAGUCGAAGCACUUUCGACAGAAGGACAAUCAGCAUUUAUUACAAUUUGGAAAUCAUUUGAAUAUCCAAAAAAUUGGUCAAAAAUACCAAAUCCAUGUUUAAAAAGUAAUUGGUUUGUAUUUGAGAAGCCCAAUAACAUUAAGAAUGAUACAAAUGAAGAUAAAUAUAUUAAGAUUUUAUUAAAAAAGCGAAUCCUACAAAAAAAUAUUGAAGAGUCAAUACUUUUAGAUUUAAAAGUGCAAUUGGAAUUAUUCUAUGAAGAUUUAGGAUAUUCAUAUCCAGUUUGGAAUAAUUCACUAUUAUUCUUUGAGUAUGCAAGUUUCCUGAUUGAAGAAAAUGAUACCUCUAUUCAAUGCUAUUUACAUAUUGGAGACAUUGUCUUAAUUAAUUCUGACAAAGAAGAAGAAAGUUUUUCAAUUAUAUGUUCAAUAUUUUGUGUUCAAAAGGAUGAAUAUAAUACUAUCUUCAUUAUUAUUAAUUGGCUUGAAAACACAAACCAAACAAAGUUAGAUUGCCCGAUAUACAGACUACAUACAACAAAUAAGUGGCAAAGAGUUUUUCCAAUUGGUGUAGUCAAUGCAGUUAAUACA